GAGAUUCCGUGAGACUCGGACUCGGACUCUGUAGUUCAGCAAAAUUCAAGAUGUCGGCUGACGAGGACACCGAACUGCGCGAUCUUGUGGCUCAAACUUUGGAGACUAACGGAGUUCUGGGCAAAAUCAGGGCUCAGCUGAGAGCAAGUGUUUUUCUUGCCUUAGAAGAGCAGGGGGCCUUAGAGAGCAAGUCUCAGUUGGUCAACCAAGACCUGAAGAAGUUUCUCAACACCAAGGAAGGUCGUAUGGUUGCGGCGCUGGUGCGAGAGUUCCUCAUCCACUUCAACCUGGACUAUUCGCUGGCAGUCUUCGACCCAGAAACAAAUAUUGUAAGACUAUUUACUCCUGUACCAUACUAGUACUCGUUGUUUGAUUUUGAAUAGAGUCUGCU